AUGUCCAGUAUCCAGUUUACAACCCUAAUACGGGUGCCUUUCCGUCGAGGCGAUUUCGUGGACCCUCAACAGGCUUCCUGGGACAGUGCAAAAGAUCGAUCUCUUUGGAAAGUGAUUUCCAAGUCAUCUAAAACAAGCGAUCUUAACUGCAAUUUCAACGUGCCUCCAGCUUUUAUUCUCCAGCAAGCGGCGUGGUUAUAUGAACGGCACUUGGACCAUGUUCGUGCUCAAAUGAAGAAAGUCGGCGGUACCAGCUCGCCUGCGACGUUCAAUCCUGGGAGUACGCACGCACCCAUGGCUGGUAUUGCAAUGAGAAGGGUUGGGAGUGGAGGAUCAGGAGCCUCCAGAGCGCCAUCUGCCUUAUCUUUACUGCCCAGGGAGAGUCCCUUACCCCGAGGAGAAACAAGCACACCCGCCCCGCCUCUCUCACGGACACCCUCAACCAACACGAUCACCCAAUCCAGAGCACAUACCCAGCAAGCACCUGUUCGGAACCCGCCACCGCGAGCUCGGCGAAAUAUGGAAAUCCCAAAACAAGUAGAACAACUUGGCCCCGACUGGCCAGCGACAGGGGACAUGCAGAAGUCUAUCCAUGUGGAUUCAUCAGCUCCCCUUCCGUCGUCUUCAAGCUGCUCGUCCCCAUCGGACUCAGAGACCGAUAACCUUGCAACCCGAAGCCAACUGUUCAAGCGCCCACCCCGAUUUCGAAGCCAGCGGCCACGGGAGCUCCUUCCUGAUCCUGAUGGAGUGGAUGAAGGGGAUGAGCCGGAUCGCGGGACGAACAAUCUACUGCCGUUUGCAAAUGCCUCGAGGGCAGACAAAGGCGCUACAAGUGUGGGAAUAGUAGCUCAUGCGGCUUCAGCAUCUAGAGGAGGACAGGAUAGGCGUGGGCCUAUAUCAGGAGUAGACGCUAGUUCAUCGGUGACGAGCUCCGCGAGCGACGCACCGAAGGGGACCUCUAUGAGUCCUGGCCCGUUGAGUCCAACACAUAGGGCUGAGCUAGCGAAGCUCAGUCCUCGAAAAGCUGGAGUCAAGUCAAGGAAAGAUGGAAGUGAAGGUACACCAAGCAUAGGCAGUAGCUUCAGUGAUAUAGACGACGCAGGUAUAAGCCAGUCAGCUCUUGAAGAAGCGUUACUCAGCAAUAUCCAGCAUGGCCGUAUGAGCACACUUAGCCAGCUGAGGUCGAGAUAUUUAUAA